CUCCGGAAGCGCUCUCUCUGGACCUAUCAGGGACUUGCUGUUCUUUUGUGUUCCCUUCUCCCAACCAAACGAGUUCCUUCAAAGUAUUCUCAUCGGAUGCGACAAAAUAAUCCUGACCUAAGGCGAACGCAAUCAAAAACAUCAAGCUAGGAGAGACGUGGAAGAUGAAGUGAGGAAAUCCAGGCCACGAAGAACAACUGUAAAAUGAAAAUGAGGUAUCCCGCAGAUGUCACUAUUAAAGAGCUUCACCCUCAGAAGCGCGAUCCCCUCCACGUUAAACAGGAGGAGGCUGAGAUGCUGUACAUUAAACAGGAGGAGAAGCCAGAGACCCCCAGCAUUAAAGAAGAACAACAUGGGGAUGAAAUCACAAAGUGUUCAAUGACCGUCAGUGUGAAAAGUGAAGAAGAUGAAGGUCCAAGCGAAAAGAGCGGAGCAGCGAAACCUUCGAGCGACAGCUCAUUUCAACACCCGACAACAAAAGGAGAGGGACAAUCGCAACCUGACGGUUUAUUAGCGCCGCUCUCAGACAGUGACGACGUAACUUCACGCUCUUCUGAUUUCAACACUGAUGAGGAGGAUAAAGACUUUGACCAAAAUGCUUCAAAAUCCUUCAACAAUUCCUCAUUGAAAAGAGGCACAAAAGUGGUUGGGAAACCUUAUACCUGCUCACUUUGUGAUAAAACAUUUUCUCAGAAAGGUCACUUACGAAAACACAUGUAUACACACACCGGGGAGAAGCCUUUCGCCUGUUCAUUUUGCGAUAAAAGAUUCGCUGAGAAGUCAUAUUUAAACACUCAUACAAGAACACACACUGGAGAGAAGCCUUUUCAAUGCACAUAUUGUGCUAAACAAUUCACUAAUAAGGGAUCUUUAAACAAACACACAAAGAUACACACUGGAGAGAAAUCUUUUGUCUGCACAUCUUGUGGUAAACGAUUCACCGAGAAGGCACAGUUAAACAGACAUACACUCACACACACUGGAGAAAAGCCUUUUCAAUGCACAUCUUGUGGUAAACAAUUCACUCAUAAGGGAUCUUUAAACAAUCACACAAGAACACACACUGGAGAGAAGCCUUUUCCCUGCUCAGUUUGCAAUAAAAGAUUCUCUCAGAAAGUACUACUAAACUCUCACUUUAACACACACAUUGGAGAGAGGCAUUUUGCAUGCUCAGUUUGUGAUAAAAGAUACUUCACAAAGUCACAUUUAAUCAGUCACACAAGAACACACACUGGAGAAAAGCCUUUUCAAUGCACAUCUUGUGGUAAGCAAUUCACUAGUAAGGGAUGUUUAAACCAACACACCAGGAUACACACUGGAGAGAAGUCCUUUGUCUGCACAUCUUGUGGUAAACGAUUCUUUGAUCAGGCACAUUUAAACAGACACACACUCAUACACACUGGAGAAAAGCCUUUUGUCUGCACAAGUUGUGGUAAAAGAUACCUCGAUAAAAGAGAUUUAAGCAAUCACAUGCAUACACACACUGGAGAGAAGCCUUUUGCCUGCUCUCGUUGCUAUAAAAGAUUUCGUACGAAACAAAAGUUAACAAUACACACGCGUACACACACCGUUGAGAAGCGCUUUGCCUGCUCUCGUUGCUAUAAAAGAUUUUGUACGAAGCGAACGUUAACAAAACACAUACGUACACACACCGGGUGAAAAGGCUUUUCUCUGCACACUUUGUGGUAAAAAUGUACGCGGAAGGAAGAUUAAACAAUCACUCAAAAAGACGCACCUAAUUUACUUACGGCUUACUGCUUUUUACAAUUUGACUUCUGAUUGUCAACAAUACUUAGAUGCUUCCCUUCUUUUUGUUGUUGUUGUUUGUCCAUUUUCCAAUCUUUUAUCUGAAUAGUUUCAGGGUAGAUUUUUUAAUUCGUUUUGUGCAUUGUAAUCAUUUGAAAUCUGCUUCAUUGUAGAAGGACUGGAUCUUCUUAAUUUUACUAUCAAAUAUUUUUCUUUAUUACUUACUGACUUUUUUGUAAACUGUUUUUAGCCCUCUGUUCUGUAAAUAUGGGUUGCAUAUACUUGGCAUGUGCCGAUUACCGGUUUGAAGGUAUACUGUGGUAUGAAAAUGUCAAGGUUUCAAAACUACAAAAAAUUUCCGUCAUACAUUCCUCCAAAGUAUUAGCAAUUUUUUAUGCCCCAAAAAUGCAUGGAGAAAUCCCUCGCUUGCAGCUUUAAGGCUCAACCCUCCCCCACUGGUUGUUGCUCAGUGUCAGUGUGUCAGCUAUGCUACACGAUGGCUGGAGGAGGUGAAACUCCUGAAAAUUUUUCCCCCAUCGAAGAAAACGAAAUGAAAUUGAAGAAACGAAAUUGCUGGUAUGGGAAUACUUUGGCUACAGAGUAACUGUAGCCAAAGCUGCCCAGGAGAACCCACCAACAUGUAAAACAUGUUUGCGGAAGGUGACUGCCAAGGAGGCAAUACCUCCAAUAUGAUUUCGCAUUUAUACAAAAUUAAAAGUUGGUAAACACUGUCAUGAACGUUUCUCCCCAGCUACAAGAGUUAACUCCAGUAUGUUUAGUGUGUCUAGCAGUGGUAAAAUGGGGUGUUUUUUCUCUCUCUGGUAACCGUCUGUGUUAAGAGAAUGUGUGUAUAAUGUAAACAUGAUACGAGUCAUACACUCGUGCUUUUUGUGGACAAUAAUUUUUGUUCUGAUAAGGUCUUAAGGUCGUCUGGAACGGGUCUUCUGCAUGUUCCAAGAACAAGAACCAAGCAGGGUGAGGCAGCAUUUAGUUAUUAUGCUCCUCACCUCUGGAACAAGUUACCCGAAGGUCUGAAGUAUGCUCAAACCGUUAGCUCAUUUAAAUCAGGGCUAAAAACGCUUUUGUUUAGCACUGCAUAUCCAUAACUGUCUAUAUAUUUCAAUCUA